CAAUCUCUCCCCAUUGAAUAGAACACCUGUCAAAUAUCACAGGAUCAGGACGCAUUUGGCGAAAGAUAUUAAUUUGGUCAGCCGUUGAGAAGAAAAGAAGAAGAAGAAGAAGGUAUUGUUUUGCCAUACAUUAAUUAAGAGGAAGAAGAAGAAGACGACCCGUGCACUAUUGUGGGCGGCUUCCACGAUGUAAAUAGUAUGCCCAGUGCUGCCUUUGUCAGAGAGCUAGCAAACUAUGAACGAAAUGUAAAUCGUAAUAUUUACAAGUAUAAUGCUUACCGCAAUGCAGCAAUUGCAUUAGCUGCCUAUCCCACCCGUAUUCAAUCUGGAGAGGAGGCUCGAAAGCUAAAUGGUGUUGGAGAUAAAAUUUCCAAAAAAAUUGAUGAAUUUAUUCAAACAGGCAAAUUGCAGAAGUUGGAAAAGAUUCGAGAAGAUGAUACCAGCACAGCAAUUAAUCUCCUAACACGUGUGUCAGGGAUUGGGCCAGCUAAAGCUAAGCAACUUGUGGAUGCUGAUAUUAAAACCAUUGAGGACCUCCGCAGGCAUGAAGAUAAGCUGAACAGUCAUCAGCUGAUAGGACUUAAAUAUUUUGAAGACUUCGAAAAGAAAAUUCCAAGGCGUGAAAUUGAACAAAUAGAAGAAAUUAUUAAGAAGGAAAUAAACGAUCUUGAUCCUCAAUAUUUGGUCACAAUUUGUGGUAGUUACAG